GACCCUAAUCUGUCCCUGAGCUGUAUACAGGAGCGUGAGGUUACUUUACAACCAGUCCUGGAUUUGAACCUCUUCUAUGAAAUGUUUUGGUCUUUAUCCAAAGGAGGAACUCUGGUUCAGCAUGAGGACUUGUGGUGAUCUGAACAGGCAAAGAUAGCUACUUGACCACAAUCACUAUUGUUCCAGGACGACUACCCAUUCAAAAGAAUAAUUGAACAGUAACCCUCUAUAAAUUACAAUAAUAAUAAAAAAAAAAGAGCUAGAGCCAAGCACUUGGAAUACAAUUACACACAGGGAGAGGAGCACCGUAACAAGGUGCACAGGAUUAUGUCAAACUAGUCAGAACCGUCGGAAGGAUCUCACCGCAGCGCUGCUAACUGGGCUGCCCCAUCAUGGCUGACCCCUACCAGAACAAUGUUUACCACCACGGAGGGAACGACCCCUACGGCACCUACGGCGAGGGAGGAGGGCAAGACGGCUACGGCUACCAGGGCGAGUCCUACCCCCAGGAGGACGACGCCGCCAGUGACGUCACCGAGGGCCAUGACGACGAGGACCAGAUGUACGAGGGAGAGUACCAGGGGAUCCCGCACCCGGACGAGGUGAAAGCGGCCCAGAGGGCGGCCAGGGCCAAGGCCAGGCAGGCCCAGUCAGGAGCCACGGAGCUGGAGGAGCUGGCUGAGCAGUACGAGGACAUCAUGGAGGACUGUGGCCACGGGCGCUUCCAGUGGACCCUGUUUAUAGUGCUGGGCCUGGCCCUCAUGGCCGACGGAGUGGAGUGUUUUGUGGUGGGUUUUGUGCUGCCCAGUGCCGAGAAGGACAUGUGCUUAUCCAAUGGAGAGAAAGGCAUGCUAGGUCUGAUAGUGUUCCUGGGAAUGAUGGUCGGGGCAAUCAUCUGGGGCGGCAUGGCGGACAAACUGGGCCGCCGCAAGUGUCUGAUCUGGGCCCUCACCAUCAACUGUGUCUUUGCCUUCCUCUCCUCUUUCGCCCAGGGAUACGGCUUCUUCCUCUUCUUUAGGCUCUUCUCCGGCAUCGGCAUCGGAGGCUCCGUCCCCAUCGUCUAUUCCUACUUCUCAGAGUUCCUGCAGAUGGAUAAGAGAGGAGAACACCUGAGCUGGCUGUGUAUGUUCUGGAUGAUGGGAGGAAUCUACGCCUCCUUCACUGCCUGGGGCAUCAUUCCUCGCUAUGGCUGGGGCUUCAGCAUGGGGACGGAGUUCCAGUUCCACAGCUGGAGAGUGUUUGUGCUGGUCUGUGCACUUCCGGCCAUCACCUCCCUUGUGGGACUCCUGUUCAUGCCUGAGAGCCCGAGGUUUCUCCUGGAGAACGCCAAACAUGACGAGGCUUGGAUGAUCCUAAAGAAUGUUCAUGACACUAACUGGAGGGCAAAGGGACAGCCUGAGAAGGUCUUCCAGGUGACCCACAUCAAAGCGCCAAAGACCCAGGAGGAUGAGUUCAUUGAGAUCCAGAGUGCCACAGGGACGGCUAUGCAGCGAUGGGGUGUUCGAACCCUCACUCUUUGCAAACUGGUGCUGAAGAACAUUGCUUCUCUCUUGGGACCUGAGCUGAGACUGAGUACACUGUUCAUGGCCAUCAUUUGGUUCACCAUGGCCUUCAGUUACUAUGGACUGGGUGUGUGGUUUCCUGACAUGAUUAAAUACCUGCAGCAAGAGGAGUACGAUUCCAAAGUCAAGGUGUUCCACAGAGAGAGAGUAGAAGACUUCCGUUUCAACUUCUCCCUGGAGAAUCAGAUCCACAAAGAGGGAGAGUACAUCAAUGAUAAGUUCAUCAGCAUAGAGAUGAAAUCUGUAAAGUUUGAGGAUUCACUGUUUGAAGAUUGUUACUUUGAGGACAUCAAGUCCACUGAAACAAUCUUUGAGAACUGCACCAUCAGAGCCACUAUUUUCUAUAACACAGAUCUAUACAAGGAGAAGUUCAUAAACUGUAAGCUUGAGAACACCACAUUCCACCACAAUAAGAAGGGCUGUCACCUGGACAGUGAGGAGGAGAAUGACAUCCUCAUCUACCUGGUCAGCUUCCUGGGCUCCCUGUCUGUUUUACCCGGCAACAUCAUAUCCGCCAUGUUCAUGGAGAAGAUAGGCAGGGUCAAAAUCAUAGGCUUCUCCAUGCUCAUCUCAGCUGGGUGCACCUUCUUCCUGUUCCUGAGCUUCAGUGAGGCGGCCAUUAUAGCCUGGCAGUGUCUGUUCUGUGGGGUCAGCGUCGCGGCAUGGAACGGCAUUGAGGUUAUCACAGUGGAACUCUAUCCAGCCUCCAAAAGAGCCACAGCGUUUGGGGUGUUGAAUGGCCUCUGUAAGCUGGCGGCCAUCUUGGGCAGCUCCAUUUUUGCCUCCUUUGUGGGGGUCACCAAAGUUGUACCCAUCCUCCUAUCUUGCACGGCCCUUGUGUGCGGCGGGCUAGUGGCCCUCAAGUUGCCCGAUACCCGGGAGAAGAUUCUCCAGUGAGGAGACGGUGAUGGCCAAAUGUCACAGGAGUAACCUUUUCAGGCUGAGUUUCUCUGAGAGACACGCAGGCGUAACGGAGGAUUGGCUGUCACCAUCAGGAGUAACUGGGGUUUUGUUCCACAGCAUAUAGACAACCUUUAAUAACAUGCUAACCUAACACAAAUGGCGCUGUGUUGUCUGUUGUCCCCAUGUGUUUUGAGUGAAAUGCUUCAAAAUCUAGUCU